AUGCCCACAGCACUUGAAGAGCUCCCGGUAGAGCUCCUAGCACAUGUUAUCAUCUAUUUCUCCACAGCCCAGGCCCUGCGCAACCUGUCUUUGACCUGUCGCAAGCUGCACGCCUUCAUAGAACACGAAGGCUGGAAAAUCUUCCUGCGCAGCCAUUUUCCCUCCUAUCCUGCCAUCAAUCAGCCCGCGCGUCUCCUAGCACACUCUUUGACAACCUUAUCAAGGAACUGGGACCGGAAGGCUUUUGUUGGUCGCUACAUCGAGCCCUCUGGCUCCAUCGUCUCCCUAAACACCGGGCAGCCGUUGUCUGAAUGGAAGCGGCCGCGAGGGCAGACCAUGGGCUUCCAGCCUAGCCUGGACUCCUAUGAAGAGCUUUCCGAUGGCUCUGACUACGGUCGUCGAGAAAUACUUGUUUGGGGUGCUGGAACCGAUCUGCUUGUCCGGGCUAAGGAGUCUGGCCCAGCAACUGAAAAACUAUGGGAGCAAGUCUCACAGGCAGAUCGGCAGCACUAUUUCGAUCAGUAUCACCACAGAACCAGCUGGUUUACUUUCAGGAUACCCGGCGCCUAUGAAGGCAGAGACGACAUCACUUGCGUCAACAUUCUCCGGCCUGUCCAGCGGAGCGCGACACCCCACCCGGAUGCUGAACAGGUCAUACUUGGAACAGCUAACGGUGACUUGAACCUAGUUACUUUCACGCUUGACGAUCCCCCCGCAUGGCGGCGUGAGAUAUACAACACCGAUGGGCGCCCGGUCAAGGCGGUCCAUAUCUCAUCAUCGGCCAAGAACCCUCUGCUCGCAGCUGCUUUUGCAGAUUCGACUGUCGCGCUAUACCCGUUGCACAAGUCUGCGGAUACAAUAGAGCCGAUCAGCCAUUUGCAACCAUUGUCUAAACAUCAUACGCCUUCUCGCAUAUGGUCAACCCGCUUCCUGUCCGCCGAAACACUUGCGAUUGGGUUGGGCCCAUCGACAGAGCCAGUCCACGUUUACGAAAUUACACCGUCUGGAUUUUCAGACAGCCCAAUACGCAAGUUUGGCAUCGAUGGCACUGCUUGGGGCGCUGUGGAUAGAGUGGAUGUGACCACUGACGGCGAACCCAGGCAGUCGUCUGUAUAUCCAAUAUCACCGCUACCGUUGCCGCAUUCCGAGAAGAACGAUCCCAAUGUCUUUCUGAGUGGUGGUUACGACGGAAUUGUUCGUGUGCAUGACAUGCGCUCACCUUCAGCAUAUGAAUCAUGCUACUGGGAUCCAACAGAUGAUGGCGCGGUAUAUGCUCUACAAACCAUUGCGCGCGAGAGGCUCGUAGUUGGCAGCUCGCGUCAUAGUAUCAUCAAGUUCUUUGACAUGCGCGUCUCUUCUGGCCGGGUCUUUCAGUACGCCCAUGUUGGUGGAAAAACAGGCAACGGCACGCACACAGAUGGAGAAGCUGGUACCGAAUGGCACGGCAGUCAUUACGGCUGGAACCUCUUUCUCAACCCGCGAAACCAAUCCAGGCACAACCAGCGUCGUAAUGACCGUCGAUCCAUCAACUCCCCCGUCUAUACCCUUACGUCCCCGUCACCUUUCUCGCCCUCCGUCUAUGCCGGGGUGGAGAACAACGUGGUGCAACUUGACUUCACCUCAAUCUCUGACAGUCAUCCCGAUCCCAUGUUCCAGCAUUCACUGGUUCGCAUGGGAAAGCACAAGAUAGUCAAUGUACAAAAAAGUUGGAACCCGAGAGGCGACGUCCUCAAUUUGGCGUCGUAUGAGCAGGGCACGAGUGGCGCAAUGCGAUUGCGGGUACAAGUUGGUGUGGGUAAAUACAAAGGGGCCUUGGAAGGAUGGGACGAGCGGUGGCGGGACAGCAGUGACUUGUGA